CAGUCUACAACAAUCUGCUUCAGUGCUGGUAUUUAGACUAAAAAUGGCUGGUUUGGGAGUCUACAAACUGGACAACGGAGAAAGUUUUCCUACGAAUUGUUUUCCUAUAAGGUCAUUUCAUCAGAGUAAAGAAGGAGCAGGGCAUUGGUUAAUUGCCCACAGAGGAAGUGUGGAGGACCGACACAAGAUCCUAAAGCAGCCAAUAUCAGAAGAACACUUUCGCACAGGACCGUCGGAUCAGUCUGAGUGUGAAAGUCUUGCGCAAAGGAAACAAAAAAGUUCUGGAAACACUUUAAAUGGACACAUUUUGAUGGCUCUGCAUUGUGUGGACAAACCGUCUGAUCUCUGCUCUGUGGACAUAAGUGAAAGAAAGCUGGAGUCGGUUACAUUAGAAGGUUUGGAGGAAUUUGACAGUGUUGCUUAUGUGAAUGCUUCUGACAACUAUUUAACCCUAGAGGCUUUUAGCAGGUUUCCUGCACUGAGGGAGCUGGAGUUGUCUUUGAAUGGCCUCAGCACAGUGGAAGUUAAUGCUGUAGAUUUUCCUAGAUUAGAGGUCCUGGACCUGUCCUAUAAUAAUUUAUCAAGUGAUGGUAUAUUAGCCAUUGGCCUUCUACCAAGAUUAAAGGUCCUCCAUCUGACUGGAAAUGAUCUGCAGACACUUCCGCCUUAUAUGGCUGGCCCUAAUACUCCCCAUGGUGAUCUGGUUCCCGAGUCCAGCGAAUUGUUUCAGACUCUUGAAGUGUUGAUGCUGGAUCAUAAUAAACUGUCUUCUUGUGUCUUUAGAAGUCUUUCAAAUCUAAAAAGGCUUCAACACUUAAAUUUAGAAGGAAACUCCAUCUCUGAAGUCCCUUAUCUUCAGUCGAUGCCACUGCAACAGGUGCCAGGCUGCUCUGAUUCUGAUUCCCGAGUGAACCAACAGAAGCAUUUUAAUAUAGAGACUGAUAUGGAAUCACCACAACUGGAGAAUGAGGAAGAUUUCUGUCCACCAUUUCCAGAGCUUCGAUAUCUGAAUCUGGCUAACAAUAAGAUAUUUGAAGAAGAGGCAUUAUUGGCUGUGGCAUUAUUUCCUUUGCUCAGCGAGCUUGUUGUCCACUCAAACCCACUGACUACAAAGAGGAGUGGUGACCCACCAAUUUUGACCUGGUUUCUUCAAGACAGACUUGGUAUUAAAAUAAGACAUAAGAAGUCAGCAGAUAUUGUAAAACCACAUGUUGUGCUCCCUGUCAACCCUAAAAGAAAGGUAAAAACUAAAAUCCCAAAGGUGCUAAAGGCUUCCUUGGUCACAGCAGCCUUGUGUGCUUCAGAAAUCCCUUCUACAGACAGAGGUACUGAACAAAAUAACAUACAUCAGCCAUCAGAUUCGAAGUCCACUGACACACUGCUCCCCAGCUCCUCGCAAAUCAACACUGAGGAGAUGGAGAAGGAGAAAGUUGUCACUGCUUCCAGUGUAUCAGAGCCUUUGGAAAGGGAAAAUUCUGAAAUCCACAGUGAGAGUCAGCAAAAUGAAGAACCGUUCUUUGUAACAGAGGUAAAUGAGUUGCUUGAACCUGAGAAUCAGGACAGAACAGAGCAGAUAGCAGACAUCACUCAUCUUGGGAGAAAUGAUGCAAAACAAUACCCAGAGAAACUCCUUGGUUAUGAAGCCCUAUUAGAUGAUAAUCUGGACUUAGACAUGCCCAAGCCUGUUGGAAUCCAGCAGACCGUGAGCGUUCUGGAGUACACGCUGAAGAACCUGCUUGUGUACAGAGAUUCCAAAGCAAAUCUUGAUCGUCUACAGAAACCAUAUAAAGAACAACCAAAAAGAACAAGGAAUUUGCUUCCUGCAAAACCACAAAAACGGAAAGGAGAGAAAGUUAAAGAAAUUCUCACAGAAAUGAAGGAAAGGAAAACAAUAAGUGAAGUCCCUUUGGAGAAAGUUCUUCAAGGCAAAGAUAUAUACAAGAAUGAAUAUGAAAAGGCACUGAUAUUAUUGAAAGAUAUGAAGAGCAAGUACAAGAUGAUCCACUUGAAAUCAAUGGAGCAAGCAGCACAAAUUGAGAGCGACUAUCAUUAAAAGGAACAAUGGGGGAAAAAAUCUACUAAAAUAAAUCAAAAGUUUAAUCAGGGAUCCAUAAAACCAUUUCUUUGCCUUUUAUGUGUAUUUUGUCGGUCCAACAACUUCUUUUUUUUCAAAUUCAUUUAUACCACAGCGCUGUUGAAUUCUUGAUCUGAUAGAUACACCUUGGUAUCACAAGGUGUUGAUUUAUUUUCUGUAACAGCAGACAAUAGUGACAGAUGCAAAGCAAAUCAUUUUCUCUUAAUGUGCUCUUUCUAAUACAUUAUCUUGUCUAUAGUAAUAACUCCACAUAAACAAAUUAAAAAAAUGUGUGUAAUUGUUGAUACUGUGAUGUUUUCUGUGAGCAGACAUUUAUUUAACAGUUUUAGGAGGUCUCUAGUGUCAGUACUUCAUAACACUUAGGUGUAAAGCUGUAACUUUAUGUUUUACUCCAUUGAAAAGUAGCUUUAAGUUUUCUGACAGAAUAUUCUUCAAAGCAGGCUGCUUUUCAUUUUGUGGUUUGUUGAUAACAUGACAAGCUGCAUUUUUUUUUUGUCUAAUUAACUUCAAGAGAGAAGGAAAAAGACCCUGGUAACAGCAAAACUCUUAUAUAUUUAUAGCUGCUAUAAUGUGAUAGCAGCAACUUGUUUCACAGAUGUUCCACAACAUCAAAUGUAACUAUAAAUGGAUAAAAUGUAUGAUAUGUCUUUAUACAAUGAAUAAAACAUUUUAAUUGCUGGCAAACUGCUGUGGUAUAAGCAGAAUAAAACACUUCUGGAUGUACUGUCAUAGGAAAAUAAUCAACUUUAGGGUGGUAAAAUUAACUCAACUUCACAUCAGGUUGCAUCACACCAAGUUAUUGUUGAUUGUUUUUCUAUAACAGCAUCCCCCCAAGUUUUUAUUCUUUCUUACUGGUGGUUCUUGCAGUCAUAUUUCCAUCUCUGACUUUUGAAAUUUCAACACAAAGCUGCCACUUCUGUUCUGAAACCCACUGUAAUGGAGAAAUGAUCUGUUCUUCUAUCUAUAAUUAUCUGUUCUGCUCUGUUCAUCAAAGCUCUUCAACAAAGCUCUUUCAUCUCUAUUCUAAUCACUGGAGUGCAUUUAUAGGCAUGGCGCCUGCUCUGACUAAA